AUGUACUUAAUUGAGUGCCGUUAUUUCGUGAAAAUAGGUCCUACCAAGCACGAUGACAAGCCGGCCCCCGGUGCUGUGAAAAAGACACUUAAACCCAAACCAAAAAAUCUCCCACGUGCCAGAACAUCUGCCAGAACAUCUUCAGCAGUGAAUAUAGAAAAAUUCAGCGACUCAAAGUUGUAUGAAAGGGCAGUGAAAUUGGAGCUGGUGAGGAAGACACCCUGUACACCAACGACAGACCCGCCAAAAUCUCAGUCAGUAAUAAAGACACCAAACCCAACAUCAGUAAAUACGUCCGCAACACCAAAACCUACAUCAGAGACAGGAAAACCUGCACCUGAGACAAGCCCCAAAGAGCCCCACAUUGAGGAAGCUGCAGGCCUGGUACCCAAUUGGGUUCCACCACCAGUAAACAUGUCAGAAGAUGAAAAUAACUCAGAUUUUGUAUUAGGAUACCAGAAGAUGGAAGAAGGAAAUAGUGAAAGCUUAUUUGGAUGGUUAUACAGGCUAACCAUCCAAAUAAGGGACUUAAGUACAUAUUUGCAAUCAUGUUUUUAUAUUCAGAUUCAUUUUGUUCACAAUCAUCGAAUUAAUGUUGCUGAAGCCUUUAGCUACCUUCGAAUGAACGUGGAAACGAGGGAAACAUUUCAAAAAUACUUUGAAGACGGAUUGUCACCCAGUGAAGCAAAAAGUUUUCAUAGAUCAUGCCUAGUUGCAGCUACACCUGUAGAACAAGCCUGCCUUCUUGCUGUGGAAAAAAGGACAGACACAACUUUUACAGUUGCAUCUUCAGAAGAUAGCAAUCUUUUGUAUACAGUUGACAUAACAAUUGAACAAUGCGAUUGUCCAGCUGGAGCAGGAGGACAAUUCUGCAAACAUCUUUGUGCAGUUUAUAACACAGGUGUUAAUUUACUAACUACCCCACAUCUGCUAUUCUCCGAUCGCAUUGAGCUUGCCAAUUUGGCACUUGGAAAGAAUUUUGAUAGCACCUUUUUUAUGGGUAUGAAGGAAACGAACAGUGAGAUGAUACAAUCACCAUCCUGCGAUAAUCAGGAAUUUGAACAGCCUAUGCAAAGUAAACUAGAUGGUAAUAAUGUUCCAACUGAAGAAGGGCUACCGGCAGAUAAUUCUUCUGGUGAUAUAGCUGAGGAGUUUAACGCAGAACUAAUAUCGUUAAAGGAAAAUUUAAAGAAGCUUCAUAUCUUCGCAGAGUCUCAUCCUUCCAUAUUUAUGCUAAAGAACAUAAAGAAUCUUAACGCAAAGCUAAAUGGUAUUGAAAGUGAACAAGGGUUUUACGAAAUUUGUUCAGCGAUAAAAAAUAUAAGGCCUGGGAGACGAAUCAAAGUCCAACCAACAUCAAUUGCGCGCCGUAAAAAGAGAGAACUGCAUGCAGGCACGAGAGCGAUGCAGGCAGGUAGACCAGCUAACAGCGAACUAAGGACCAAAGUAAAUAAGAAGAAAAGAGCAUUGAGUGCAAAUAUUCUUCUUAACACAACAAAUGCAAAAAGUCAUGGCAGUGCUCACUAGUUAUUCUGAAUAUUAAUCUGUAUUUUUUUAUAUUAUUCUCCCAGUCUAUUUUUUUGCUUAUCUCCUUAUUGUUACUUAUGAUGAGGUACUUAUCAACCUACUUACCUGAAUAGCAUUACUUUUUUAUACCUACCGACUUAAUAAAACAUUUAGUAAAACGUUUUAACAAUAAGGCAUUUAUUAUUUUAUUAUUUUGUUUUUU